AUGAGGGCUAUUUGGUUAUUGCUAUUCGUUCUAAGUCCAGGAAAUCCCGAGCCUUUGGAAUGUAUCGACAACCAGGCAGAGGUUGGCAGAUGCCUUCGUCCUCUGUUAGACGUAUGGGAGGCGAUUAGGGAAGCCGAAUAUGAUGUUCAGAACCUUCUAUUCCCGGUGCCCUUCUAUUCCAAAAAAGCCAUUCAUCGCCUCUGUGCCUCCUACAUAAGCUCCAUGGACAACUGCUCCGAACAGCCAUCUGUGAUGAAGUAA